AUGAAUGAUGGAAAUAGAAACUGUGGCCGUAUGGAGAGGGUAUCCCCACCAUAAAGAAUUUAUAACAGCAGAUGUAUAACUGUGAUUCGUAUAAUUUGUAUAAGUAAAUUCUUUAACAUGACUGACGGUAAAAACGAUAAAAUCAAAGUAGAUCUGGGAUUACUUGAAGAAGAUGAUGAAUUCGAAGAAUUCCCAGCAGAAGAUUGGACGGCAAAAGAUGAAGAUAAUGAAGAUAUUAGUGUAUGGGAAGAUAAUUGGGAUGAUGACGAUGUUGAAGACGAUUUUAAUCAACAAUUAAGAGCACAACUAGAAAAACAGAAAGGUCAAGGUGAACCAACAAAAGAAGAUUAAAUGGUCUGCAACAUUUAAUAGAAAUCAAUAAUUGUGACAUCAAGACAUCUAACAUUUGCAUAUUUAAAUCCAGAUUAAUCUUUUUUAUUUCAUAUGAAGUAAGUAAAUAUUUUAGAAUCUUCUGUGUAUCUUCCUCUCCAAAAAUAAGUUUCAUAUCA